AUGGCAGAACACGCGGUUGCGGAGCUGCCUCGGCUGUGCAAGCUGAGGGACGCGCUGGAGGAGGCCUACCAGGAAGUCGGCGGGUACCUCGGGGCCCAGCGCUCCGCCUUCAUGGACAGCAUCGCGUCGCUGGAAACGGAAAAGGCGGCUCUCCGGACGGAAUUCGACGAGCUAAAGGCGGCAAAGGAGGCCGUCGAGGCCGAGCGGCACAACUUGCUGGAGGAGUUUGUCGCGCUGAGGGCGAGCAAGGAGUCCCUCGAAGCCCGGGUCCUCGGCCUGCAGGACGCAAACGCCAAACUCGUGGCGGAGAACAAGCUGCUGGAUAUCAUAGCAAGUGUCCUCGAGCGGCAGCCCGUCCCUCCCACGUAUCUCCUAACACCCACCCAGGACAAGGACCCCUUUGCGCUCGUGCUCGUCGACGGCAACAGCGUGCCGAUCCGCGCCACCGACGCCCCGAAGAAGUUCUACGGCGGGCUCCUCGCCGCCACCGUCCUCGUCAACGCCAUGCACGCCCUCCAACCCGGCUGCAAGAUAUACGUGCGCGUGUGGGCGGACCUCGGGUCCUUGGCUGCCGCCAGCGGAGACGCGUUUACGGAGGAGGAGGCGCGGGAGUUUGCGCGCGGCUUCACGGCGUUUGCGCACUGCGAUUUCGUGGACGUGGGGAACGGGACGGGGCGCGCGGGCGCAAAGGUCAGAGAGGCCUUCGAAGCCAACGUCGGCAACCUGCACUGCAAGCAGAUAUUCGUGGCCGACGCAAAAGACGGCUCGGCGUGCUUCCUCGAGCGGUACCGGUUCGGGCGCGAGAAGGAAAAGAUCUCGUUGCUAGGCCCUGGGGAGCUGGAGCCCGGGCGCGAGGAGCUGGGCGAGGACUUUGGGCGCGUGAGGUGCGACGAGGUGUUUGCUUAG